AUGGCCGAGGGUGGAAGGAAUAUUGAAGAUUACAGAAAAUUUGUGAAAGAAAGGCUUGAAGUGGAUUAUCAAGCUGUGAUCAAGGAAAUAAAUGUUAUUAAUAAUGAGAUCAAGGAUUAUGAGAUACUUCAGUUGGCAAUCAGUAAGAUAACGGGGCUUGGAAUUAAAAAAGGGUUAGAAAUGCAAGUAAAUAUAGGGAAAAAUAUUUUUUGUGAAGCAAAUAUCAGCAAUUGUGAAAGAGUCGUAGUGAAAUUAGGUGGAGAUUUGUUUGCGGAAUUGACGUUAAGCAGAGCUGAGCAGUUUAUUGAAAAAAGGCUUGAGGUGUUAAAUCAGAGAGCAAUGUUUUUCGAAAAGGAAGCUCAUUCUAUACAGGCAAGGAUACAUCUAAUUCUUUCAUCGCUGGACCAAUUGGAGGUGUUAGACGGGACCGGAAGUUAA